UUCCGGGGCGGCUCCGCCUCUUCCCGGUGCCACUGGCCCCGCCCGUUCCGGUGGCGGCGCCGGCACCAUGGGGGUCACCUGCGUGUCGCAGGUGCCGGUGGCCGAGGGCAAGAGCGUGCAGCAGACGGUGGAGCUGCUGGCGCGGCGGCUGGAGGCGCUGGGCGCGGACAAGCAGGGGACAUUCGGCGUGGACUGCGAGACCUAUCACACCGCGGCCGCCCUCGGCACACAGGGGCAGACAGGGAAGCUCAUGUAUGUCAUGCACAACUCCGAGUACCCCCUGAGCUGCUUCGCCCUCUUCGAGAACGGGCCCUGCCUCGUGGCCGACGCCAACUUUGACACCCUCAUGGUGAAGCUCAAGGGCUUCUUCCAGAACGCCAAGGCCAACAAGAUCGAGAGCCGCGGCACCCGCUACCAGUACUGCGACUUCCUGGUGAAGCUGGGCACGGUCACCAUGGGCCCCAGCGCCAGGGGCAUAUCUGUGGAGCUCCAGGGCUCUGGGCUGUGUCCCCAGGUGGAAUACUGCCCCUGUGUGAUCGCCAACGACUGCUGGAACCUGCUGAUGGAGUUCAUGCAGAGCUUCAUGGGCAGCCACACGCCCGGGAUCCCGUCGGUGUUCGGCUCCAAGCACGACAGCGCCUACAGCCCCGGGGACACCAUGGUGCAGUACAUGGAGCUCUUCAACAAGAUCCGCAAGCAGCAGCAGGUCCCCGUGGCUGGCAUCAGGUGAGGAGGAUUCCCUGGAGCUCCUUGACUGCAUCCUGUUUGCUGCCUGGAUCCAGAGUCCCUCCAGGGUGUGGCACGGGAAGCGGCCGCAGGGGUUUUUUUUGCCUUCUUGAUUUCUCCUAUUUCGAAGUUUCCCGGUGCCUCGUGCGUUUCUGGUUGUCCCGCACGGUUUGGGAUUCUUGGAUCCACGGUUCUGUGGUUCUUUGGACAACAGUGGUUCGUGUGGGGAAUCGCUGUUUAUCCACAGGGAAAAGAGAAAUUCCAGCCAAAAGCAAGGGCAGGGCUUCCAUGACUUCAAGCAGCUACAGGAGAGAUCUGGUAAAUUUGUAUUUUUUUAUAUCUGCGUCAGUGUUUUGCUGUGUUCCAUCCCAAUAAAACGCUGGAUUUUGGGAGGAGGAGGAGUCCCUGCACAA